AUGGACGACUACAACCAUAAAAUACAGCACGAAAGCAUCUAUGAUGAAAAGUGGUGGGUCGAAAACUGUCGAGAAGACCCGGACCCGCGAGGCCUCACCACCUCACCACCAACAUCACCAUCACCAUCACCAGGGGACGCAGACAUACAGCAAGACAGUAGUAUCACAAUCCCCCAACACGCAAUCCACACCCACGACAAGACAGCAGAGUCCAUCACAGCCCUCCGACCCCCCGGACACCCUCACGCGCCCCUCUUCCUCGGCGUACCCCCCGUCAAGCUCGCCAACAAGGGCGAGUGGUCCUUUAUAGAAUACAUCCCGCCCUGGACGGACCCCCAAUGGCAGCACGACAAUCACAGGAUACCGGACCGAGACUACCCUUCCCAGGUCAUCCGCCCCCACCUCUGGACGACGACGCUGCGCCCCGCGCAGCUGCCGCAGGACCGCGCGCAGAACCCGACGGCGCUUGCGCUGCGGUUCGGGAUCUACCCGGACAGACUUGACGGGCGGUCGCGGCUCACGCCCACGAGGGGCGGGUUUCGGAGGUUCCGGGUUGAUGGGGUGGUGCAGCCGGGGAUCACGGGGGAGUAUGUCAUUGCCAAGGCGGAGGAGCUUGCUGCGCGUGCGAGGUUGGGGGGCGUGGAUGCGCUGCUGGAGGCGUAUUCGAAGCUGGGGGCGGAUGAGAGGCAGCCUAGCGAUCGGGAGAGGUAUGUGUUGAGGGCGAUGCAAGAUAUGAGGGAUGAUGAGGAUUGGCAGUCCAUCAUGUUUCGGGGGUUGACUACGCACGAAUUACUGGAAGAGGGGAUGAUGUCGUUCAAGAGCGAGCAUGGGUGUGAUUUGCAGAAUCCUCUGCACUGCUAUUUACAGAGGGACAAGUGGGCGGAACAAACAUGGCGCGGAGCAGACCCCCAAUGUCCAAGACUCGUCUACCACAGCGGCAACUUCAAAGGCGAAUGGGACCCACGAACCAAUGAUGGCCUCUGGGCCAAAAUGCAACCCGCCCUGAUCCUCGCCUCCCGCAUGCUAACCCACCUCGAAACCCACGACCCCUACUGGCAAUGCCUCCACGACGCCCUCAACCGUCUCCGCAUCAAGGGCCCCCGCGACUACCGCACCCCCGCGAUGAAGAAGCGCAACCCGGCGGUCGAAUUCAGUCUGCGAGACCCCGACCCCGACCCCGACGACGGCGAAGGCGAAGGCGAAGGCGACGACCCAACCACCAACAUUGCGGACCCGCAGACGAGGCGGGCAAUGGCCGCCGACGUCAUGGACGAGACGCUCCAUGUAUUAAGGACCAAGAUGCGCUUCAUGCUGUGCAGCGGCGUGCGGGAUAGUCCUUGCCCGGAGGGCGGGCGUCCGCAGGUCGGGUUCACACAUGUGCAGGGUGGCCGGAUCGAGGUGAAUCUCGCUGCGGAUGUGAUGUGGCCGCUCGUUGUGGCUGGGUAUAGCAAUGAUGAGAGGAUUCUGACGUAUUUUACGCUGGCUACUACCAUUGUCCAUGAGAUUGCGCACGCGAUUAACUACGCUCACCACCUUGUUCUCUAUCCACCUGAAUAUGCAGGUUGCGAAGUCGCCAAUUGGGAGUCGCAUCCGGACAAGGUUGAAAAGGCCUUGAAGAUUGGAAAAUGCAUGUUUGGCCAGUUGAAGGAUCAUAACAUUGAGCCCUUCUUUGAGAACGAACCGCAAUCUGAGCUUGGUUUCUGUACCGAGAACCGCCUUUUUGGCGGCGUCAACUGGGGUCUCAUCUCCCUCGAGACGGAAACCGAUCAACUCUACUUCCUCCCGUCCGCAAUGAUGAUGGAGAGGUGGCCGCAGGCCUACGGACCAGAGGACCUACCCACCCUCCAAGCCCUCAAGGACAACCCCGAGAACCUGAUCCUCUCCCGGCCGCGGAUGCUCACGGACCAGUACUGCAUACCCACCAAAGUCGCCGACAUAGCCCGCCUCUUCACCGAGUCCUUUUGGGCCGCCGAGGUUCUAAAGUACGGCCCCGCGGCGCUGCACUUUGGCUCCGCGGACCCGGUCAAGAUCCCCCCCAUCACUUCGACGUACAUUGACUUCAACGAUUCCCUAAAGGGUGUGCUGGACCCCAGGAGUCACAAGGUGUCUGAGCUGUAUCCGGAAGAAGACGACUUGAAACAUGCCGGCGCGCUGGUAUACCUUUUUGUCCGGGAGGCCGCGGUGGAGUUUCUGAGGUACCAUAUUGCGAGGUUCAGGUGGGGCAGGGACCAGGCCAACUACGAGACGUCGCGGUAUCCGGAGAUGAUGGUCUGCUCGAUGCAGAUCUGGGUCGUCAUGUCCGAGACCAAGAUCGCCGUUGAGCUGGGGCGAGGUAUCGAGAGUGUCAGCAACGGCAGGGCAAGCCAGGCGUGGCUAGAGAUGUGGAAGCGGGCCGAGAUUCGAAAGCAUCGAGCACCCAUUGACAAGCUGACUACGGCGAAACCGAGCCUACUUUGCAAUUUCCCGUUCCGUCUCCCGCUCGGCUCGGUUCACCCGCAAGACGAGGUCGCGUUCUGGAAGAGUAUCCCCGUUCUGAGGGCCCAAGCGGGACAGAGGCUGGCGGCUCUGCUCCGGCGGCUCUACGAAAUGGUACUCUUCGAGGUAGGGUGCUUCCAGCAUCUGUACCUCGAUAUCUACAGGCUCGAGCCGGCCGAGAUUGAAAACUUCAAGACCAUUACCGAGAACUUGGGAGCCCGCCUGGAAAAUGUACAAACCCUGUGCGACCUCGUCGCGUCGAGAAUCGCGGAUUGCUUGGCAGCAGACGACGGAUCCAUGCCUGCCAUCAGCGUCGCGGCCCUCCGCGAGCUCGAGACAAAGUUCCUCCACACGUCGGCGCAGGUCCAGGAGAUGACGCCGUGGGCGGCGGACAUUUCCCGAAUCGUGCCCGCCAACUUCAACCUCCUGCAGCAGUUCCUGCCCACCCUCAAGACCGCACGACGACCAAAGACGGCGCGCAUGGUCAAGAUUGUGCAGAAGGAGCUCGGCCUGGUUCCCGUGGAGGUCCUGGAGGGCAUUCAGACCUUUUUGGACUUUGUCAAGACGCGCGCGAAAGCCCUGAUUGAUGUGCGGAUCGACAUGGCGAGGGAUGGGAUGAUGGACCUGGACGAGGUGAUUACCGAGUUUGAAAAGAGGGACAAGUUUGCGGCCCCCGGGUUGGUGGAAGACGGCACCGACGAUGAGAAUGAAGACGGGCUCGGCCUCAGGUUCGACAACGACCCGCUUGCUGAAAUCAUCAGGAAGAGGAAAGAAAGGGCAGAUAUCUGGAACCCGACGAGGCAUCCGCCCAAGCGAGCCAGGAUCGUGACACCGCAGUUGGUUCCCCGUCCAUUGAGGCACCCCAGGCCCUUUUCGACGUACUCGCCGCCGAGACUUCACCGAUCCCAGCACCACCACCACCACCAGUUCGGACACGCCUCCACGGCUGGUUUCUACAAAGGUGAAUCAUCGAUCCUCGUCGGCGAUCCACGAUUCCAGAUCCCAAACGUAUUUGCCGACAUCCCGCAAGUGACCUUCCCACUCAAAGAAUCCCUACCUAGGCCGGCCAUAUCCCAGCUCGGACAGAAGCAGCCACAACCCCCCACGUACUCGUCCGUGUUCGGCAUGCCAGCGGUCCGUAUCGAAGAGGGUCCGGAGCCGGUGAGCAUAUUCCCGCACCCGUACGCCCUGGCCGCCACGUUCACGGAGGACCUUGAACACGAAGCCAACUUCCGACUUCAGCUCGCCAAAAAGAGUCCCGCGGGUUCCGUACUAGGAUUCACGGAGCGGAACGGGGCGGGGAUUAUGAACGCGUACCGUGACCCGGAGCCGGCGAUACCAGAUUCGCCAGAGGAGUCCAGAAGACCUGUGGGCGGUUUCGGUUUCGGGGGGUGGCAGCGAGGCCUCCCAGACCCACAGGAUUGGUCGCCAGACACCGAGAGCUUGUCAGAUUUGCCGCCGAGCACGCCCGACACGGAGGACGCGGGGCCGCAGAGGAAGACGACGUACAUGACGACGACGACGACGCCGGGGGCGGUGGCAAUGUCCUCGCCGGCACUUGUCGAAGACGGGAUGGAUGGGUACCGGUGGGAGGUGCUGGAUCAAAAACGAUUGAAUCCGUUGUAUUUGCAGCAGCAGCGAGCGAUGCAGCGGCGGGCGCAUGAGCUGGUUGAGGAGCAGAAGCGGCGGCGGCAGCAGUGGCUGGAAAGUCUUGCAAGGCCCGUAAUACCGGCCGGGAUGGAGGCGACGGGGCUCAGACCAGUUGAUAAUGGACGGUUCUCGCGAGACGCGAGCACGAAGUUUGGCAGUUGGUGUGACGGGGAUGGCCCGAGGUCUGCUAAAAUUGGUCAAAAGAACAUGAAUCAUAGGCGGCGCUUGUCGGGGAAUAUGGAGUGGGAGCCAACUAGGGUAGGUGACGGGCCAUCUGACAUCCAAAUGGAAUUUUCGUAA